AUGUCAACCCCUGCAAGGAAGAGGCUGAUGAGGGAUUUCAAACGACUGAUGCAGGAUCCUCCUGCGGGCAUAAGUGGUGCACCUCAGGAUAACAAUAUAAUGCUGUGGAAUGCUGUAAUUUUUGGUCCUGAUGAUACUCCCUGGGAUGGUGGUACGUUCAAGCUGACACUUCAGUUUACUGAAGAUUAUCCUAAUAAGCCACCUACAGUGCGGUUUGUUUCUCGAAUGUUUCAUCCCAAUAAUGGAAGCAUAUGUUUAGAUAUUCUCCAAAACCAGUGGAGCCCGAUAUAUGAUGUAGCUGCUAUAUUGACAUCCAUUCAGUCACUGCUUUGCGACCCAAACCCAAAUUCACCUGCCAACUCAGAAGCCGCCCGCCUAUUCAGCGAGAACAAGCGGGAAUACAACCGUAAAGUACGCGAGGUUGUGGAGCAAAGCUGGACUGCAGACUAA